UUAUCUAGUCCACAAGAAUAAUUCUUUCUCUCAUAACAGUCAACCCAGUCUUAUUAAAUAGAGAAAGUAAGAGAGCCAAGAGAUUGGCCUAGGUUAAGGGGGAAGCCUGCGUAAACAAGUAUAAGAAUUAUAUUUUUAUCCACAACUGAGAGAAAAGUAAACUACAAAGAGAGAAGGUGAGGAAAGGAAAGUGAUCAUAUCAUAAAGGACUGAUGAUGAGAAACGUAGGAAGUUCGAGCUCCGGCAGCAAAGGCAUAGCGGCGGUGGUCGGCGUAGGUCCAAAGCUAGGCCGUUCAGUCGCUCGAAAGUUCGCACAUGAAGGCUACACCGUCGCCAUUCUCGCCCGCGAUCUAGGCAGGUUAUCUCGAGUGGCUGAAGAGAUAGCGAGAGAAGAGAAAGCGCAAGUGUUUGCUAUAAGAAUUGAUUGUGCUGAUCCAAGAAGCGUAAGAGAAGCUUUCGAAGGAGUGUUGUCGUUAGGGUUUGUUGAGGUUUUGGUGUACAAUGCUUAUCACUCGUCUUCUUCUUACACAAGUCACCAUCCCACUUCAUUCACCCACAUUCCUUUCCAAUCUUUUCAUACUUCUCUUUCUGUCUCUGUCUUCGCUGCAUUCCUUUGCGCCCAACAGGUUAUUCCCGGGAUGAUGGAGAAAGGGAAAGGAACUAUACUCUUCACCGGUUGCUCGGCGUCAUUGAAUGGCGUUGCUGGUUUCUCCGAGCUAUGCUGUGGGAAAUUUGCGUUGAGGGCACUUUCUCAAUGCUUAGCAAGAGAAUAUCAAGCUUUUGGAAUUCAUGUGGCUCAUGUUAUCAUCGACGGUGUGGUUGGACCUCCAAGAGAAACAAACAUCCCACAGAGAGGAAUGGUCGCAGAGCAAUCAUACAACUUUAGAAGCGAAGAUGGAGAAGGAGAAGGCGAAAGCUCCGGAGUGAUGGGAAUGGAUCCUGAUGUAUUGGCUCAAACAUACUGGAGCCUUCACGUUCAAGAUCGGAGAGCUUGGACUCAAGAACUCGAUAUCCGACCAUCAAACACAAGGUUCUAGUAGUUAAAAUAUGAUUUGAUUCGUUUAAAAAUAUAUAUAUGAUUUGAUUCUUCGGGUUUCUGAUUUUUUCCGAUGUUAUUUUGGUCGUAUGGUAUGGUAAGUAUGUGUGAUCAUUUGAUAUGUAUAUUCUUGCAUUUGGAAUGUCCAUUAAGUAUGUUAUAAAAGGGGUUGGUUUGUGAUUGGUGUGAAUGA